UUCAAUAAAAAUAAACAAAAAUAAAACUUCAAACUGACACCACCCAUCUACACCCACCAAAACAACCGAGAAAGAGAAACCAAAAGAUAGAUUUUAUCGUGUGUUUUGGUUAUGGUUAUCCCAAAAAAAAAAGUAGGACAAAAGCUGUUGUUCUUCUCUUGGUGUCAUUCAUUUAAGUGACCUUUCUCAACAAAGUCUGCAUUCCAACGUGUUACGUGUGUUCUUUUACUUCUUUUCUCCUACUUAUUUAUCAUUUUCUCGCAACUAAACAAAAUCUAAAAUUAAGUUAUGUCCGAACAAAAUUCAGCUCCAAAUUCAUCGUCUUCAGCGUCAGCACCUUCUUCCAAUUCAACAAAGAACAAAAGAUUCAUAUGUGAUGUCCAUGCGAGGCAUAUUUCGAAAAGAUUACAAAACUUUUACGAUAAAAAAGAAUUUUUCGACAUAAUUCUUAUUGCGGGAAUUGACAAUGUUCGAGCUCACGCUCAUCGAAUUGUACUCUCUGCAUCCAGUGACUACUUUUUGGCCAUGUUUCGAAGUAAUCUCAAGGAAUCGGAAUCCGAUGAGAUACAACUUGAAACUUUAGACGGAGCAACAAUGAAGGCUAUCCUCGGUUUUAUGUACACUGCUACAAUUGAUCUGUCCUCGGAUAAUGUAGAAAGUGUUCUGAGAGCAGCCGAUUUCUUUCGAAUGGACAGUUUGAUAGUAGCGUGUUGUGACUUUAUGGGUGACCAAUUGGAUGCUUGCAAUUGCUUGGGUGUUGCUUUAUUUGCCGAACAACACAGCUACACAGGACUCUCGGUGAAAGCAUUUGCAUUUGUGUCGACAUACUUUGAGAGGGUUACCACUGAAAUGGAAUUCUAUCAAUUGAGUGACGAGCAAGUUAGUCAAUUCCUUUCCAGUGACAAUCUGUGUGUAGCUUCAGAGGAAAAGGUAUUUCUCAGUCUUGUAGCAUGGGUUGACCAUGACAAGGUUAAUCGGGAGCAACUUUUGUUCAGUCUUCUGCCGCACAUUCGAUUUACCUUCCUAAAACCAAAAUUCAUCAUUGAGAAUAGUGAUGCUGUGUGUCAGACUAUCGAGUGCAACGAACUUAUUAGAUCGUGGCUGAAAUGGCAUCUAUCCCCUGAGUCACGGUCACUUUUUCCCAUCGAAUAUACCACCCCAAGAAAAUCUCUCAUUGAUCUCGUGCUCUUGAGUGGCUAUGAGACUGAUGAGUUCGAAUUUCAAACAUUCAAUUUAGCCUUGAACCAAUGGUCUCGAGCAGAUUGGCCUCGUCCACCGAAAUUGAUAGCCGGUUGUGGAGCAAUCAUUGUGAAUAAGAAACUUAUUCUAGCUGGAGGAGAAAUCGAUGGUCAUCCAGCUGAUGGAGUUGAUUGUCUAGAUUUGCAAACAAUGGAAUGGAGUGAAAUGCCGAAAAUGAAUGAACCAAGAAGAUGGCCAGAUAUGUGUGUAAUUAACGGUCAUUUGUAUGUUGUUGGUGGAACUCAAUGGUGUUCAAUGGAGAGAUAUAAUUUUGCGACACGGCAAUGGGAAGAUUUGGCUCCAUUGCCUAUUACAUCUGACACUGGACUCGAGAUUGCAACACUUAACGGUCUAUUGUAUGUGGCAAUGAGUGGAAAUUGUCGUUUACAUUGCUAUGAUCCAGCAACCGAUGAAUGGACUCUGAAAGCUUCCAAGUAUGUUAAAUUGAAAAAUAUUGGAAUGACAGCUGUUAAAGGGUAUAUAUAUGUCGUUGGAGGAUUGUAUCAUGAAGAGAAAACAGCUCUUGUAGAGCGUUAUGAUCCAACAACCAAUACAUGGACAGUGGCCAGUUCAUUGAGAGUAGAACGUUCGCAUAUAAAAUGUGCAGCUUAUAAUGAUCGACUUAUUGCUUGUGGUGGAUUUGAUGGGAAUGAAGGUUUAAAUUUGGUUGAGGAAUAUAAUCCAGAGACAAAUGAAUGGAAGACAUUGGGUUCGACACUACCCCACGAUUUGUAUAAUAUUCUGAUGGUAAUGUAACGCUUUGGGAUCAGAAGUUAUACGAGUGUAUAAAAAAUUUAAAUUGGUGAUUUGUUAGCCGAAAGAAAAAUGCUGUGUUAAAUAUUUUGCAUGAUUUUAUGUAGUUAUAAAAAAAGUAGUUAAUUUUUUUGAAUAAUCUACUUGAAUAUUUUGUGUUCAGAAGAAUAAGUGGUUCCCACUUGAGAUCUUGUAAAUUGAGAACAUAAUAAAUUUAAUUCUCCAAAGAUAACGAACGUCCUA